GCGACGGGAGGUUUGGCGCGCCUUCCGCACGGCUUCACCUCAGCCCGGUGGUCCCAUCGCCCCCUGCCCGCUAUGGAGUUCAAGCUGGAGGCGCACCGCAUCGUCAGUAUCUCGCUCGGCAAGAUCUACAGCGCGCGGGGCCAGCGCGGCGGCCUCAAGCUCCACAAGAACCUCCUGGUGUCGCUGGUGCUGCGCAGCGCCCGGCAGGUUUACCUGAGCGAGCCGGGCUGCCCUCCUGAGCCGCCCCCCGUCGCCUGCGGGUCCCCCGAGGACGAGCAGCCGCCCUGCGCCACUGUCUGGGCGGCCGGCGAGGCGCCGCCGUCGCCGCAGGACGAAGCGGAUCGGGGCGGCUCACGGCUGCCCUGCGCGGACUGUGAGGGCCCCCGGCCGCGGCGCUGUAGCUGCGGCUGUAGCUGCUGCUGCGCGGCGGCGGGCGGCGAGGCUAACCGCUCGGAUUGCGCCGCUGAGGCCGCGGCCCCCCCGCCUCCUCACUGCCCCCGGAAGCGCAGCGCCGGCGAGCGGGGCCAGGCGGGCUCCCCAGUAAAGAAACCCCGCCGCGAGGUGGAGGAGGAGCCGCCGCCUGGCGAGCAGGAGGACAUGGAGACAGGCAACGUCGCCAGCCUUAUCAGCAUCUUCGGCUCCAGCUUCUCGGGACUGCUCAGUAAGGAGCCCAAGGGCCGACGGCGGGCGCCCCUUGACGGCGGCGAGGCGACGGCGACCACGACACCCACCGACGCGGCGGCCGAGCCGGGACAGAUUUGCUGCGACGAGCCGGUGCUGCGGACCCUCAACCCCUGGAGCACGGCCAUCGUGGCCUUUUGACGCGCGGGCCGCAGAGACUGGCCCUCCGCCGCGGGGAUGGGGACCCUGCUGGACGGACGGGCAGCUGGACAGAGAGGUGAUAUCCCCCGCACCCACGGCCCGGCGGAGGAGGGCGGGCAGCGCCGCGGGAAUUCGGCGCCGGCGAGUCCCGGCGCGUUGCCGGGGCUCACGGGAAGGGCCGCGGGGCAGGGGCGGCAGCAGCAGCAGCACUUCCCCGCCAGCAAGCUGGGUCCCGUCUGCCGGUAUCCGCCCUGGAAGCGCCCUCGGCCCUGCCCUCCCGGAAUUCCCCUUCCCGGCCGGGCCGCCGCCCUGCCCGGCGCCCCUGGGCGGCUCUGCCGCAGCUGCCGACACCGGGGGCGCACCCACCGGGUAGUAUUUUAAGCUUGGAAAGUAUUAAGUUUAUUAAAUAAAGUCUCUAUUUUGGGAAGGUUUAGGUCAGAACUAUUACGUGGUGCUUUUUAAAAGUGUUUUAUUGAGAGAAACGAAGUUUACAGACGCUCUGACGGCAAGUCCUUGAGCCUGUUUGUUAGGCUUGGUAACUCCUGGUCUUUGUUGUAUAAAGGCUUGGGGCUCCCGUAGGGAUUUUGUACAGUGUUUUCCUUCAGUGAUGUAUCUUAUUUUGUAUAAAAUGUAAUUCUACGUGUACAACACGUAUUAAAUAUUUUCAACUGUACAA